AUGCCCCUCCAAGACACCUAUACCCUCCCCGCCGCCGCAGACAUGCACGUGCACCUGCGCAACGCCCCGGGGCCCAUCGCCGCCCUAGCCACCCCGACCAUCCGCAAGGCCGGCAUCGACACCGUCUUUGUCAUGCCCAACCUGGCGCCCCGCCCUGUCGUGUCCGUCGCCGAGGCCCUCGCCUACAAGGAGGCUCUGCAGCAGCUCGACGGCGAGGUGAAUUAUCUCAUGUCGCUGUACUUGCAUGAGUUGGUUACGCCGGAGGUUAUUCGGGAGGGGAGGGGGAAGGGGAUUGCGGGGGUGAAGGCCUACCCCCGCGGUGCAACCACCAACUCGCAGUGGGGCGUCGUGUCGUUUGAUCCCUUCCAUGACGUGCUUAAGGCAAUGGAGGAGGAGGGCGUUGUUCUGAACCUCCAUGGCGAAGUCCCUAGCAGCGCUGCCGAUGGCGUGACGGUCAUGAACGCCGAGAUUAGGUUCUUGCCGGUGCUGAAGGGGCUGGUGGAGAAGUACCCCAAGCUCAAGAUCGUGUUGGAGCACUGCACCUCGGCCGAUGCGGUUGAAGCGGUCAAGUCGUUGCCUGAGAAUGUCGUUGGGACGAUUCUAAAGGCACCCAGCACCACUACUGCAAACCCUCCGCCAAGUCCCCCGAGGACCGCCGGCGCCCUUCUCACGGCGGUUGUCACCAGCAACGGCAAGUUCUUCCUCGGCACCGAUAGCGCCGCCCGCGACAUCACCUCCAAAAAAGGCAAAGGCAACACCGCAGCCGGCGUCUUCACCCAGCCCUACGCCCUCGGCUACGUCCUAACCGCCCUCGAAGAGGCCAUCGCCCGGGGCGACAUUCCGGCGGACUCGGUGACCGAGGACGCGCUCAAGGGCUUCCUGUCCGAGUACGGCCGGCAGUUCUACGGCGUGGCGCCCGCGACGCGCCAGAUCCGCCUGACACGCGACGGCGCCCGCGUCGAGGAGUCGCUGCGCGGGGACGGGGUCGAGAUCGUGCCGUUCCGCGCGGGCGAGUUGACGUGGGGUGUUGAGUGGUUGUAG